AGCUAAUUUGAAGAACAGAGAUGCGGGCACAUGCAACAAAUGAGAUGGAUGUCAUAGGUGCAUCGGCCGAUGAAGUUUGGGCGGUAUAUGGCUCAAAAGAUUUGUGGAAGCUCAUGGUCAAGCUCCAACCGGAUGUUUUUGAGAGAGUUAAUCUUGUUGCCUUUGACGGAGGAGUAGGCACCAUUAUCCAUAUGGUAAUGACCCCAGGCUUCAAGGGACUUCGUUUACAUGACUUCGAUGUGGAGCUCGUAAGGAUUGAUCAUGGCAAUAAGGAGCUAGUUGUUCAACAAACUAGAGGAGGAUAUUUGGAUUUGGGAUAUUCUUUCUUUCAGAUUACAUAUAAGAUAUUGGCAAAAGAUGAUAGUUUAUGUGUAAUUAGAACAACAACAUCAGUUGAAAUUGACGAAAAAUUUGAUUCAAAUGCUUCGACUGUCGCUGUUGAUGAGAUAUACGGGAUGGCAAAAGCGAUUGCUAAAUACGUACUUGAUAACAAAGCAAGAAAAGACUGUUCCUUGGCUUUGGGAAUUCCAACACCAGUAAUGAAGCAGGAUGAUAAACCAAUGACUGUUGGGGUUGGGAUUUUAUUGUAAUCGGGUAUUGUUGUUUGCUAUGGUUUUGUACUUUUGUUGCUUUCCUUCGUGUCACAUUCAUGUAGUGUAUAGGAUUGCUGCAAUCAUGGACUGCCGUAAAUGUGUGGUAUUGUACAGUAAUUAUCUUGCAUAUAUGCGAAUUGAAUAAUAAACGUCACCUCAUGAACGCGCAAUUAGGUAUCUCUAUCUAA